CCCGCAGCCGCCCCCGCGCUGGUCCCAGGGGAGGAAGCGCGGCGCGGACGGGAAGCGGAGGAAGCAGAACGACGGCGGCGAGGAGGAGGUGUUCGGAGAGAUCGAGCGCGGGCCCUCGGAAAGCAGGGCCGACAGUUUUACAACACCAGAAGGCCCUGGGCCCCUUUCCCGGUGUUUAGACUGGGCAGCUGCAGUGGAAGAAGAUGAAAUGAGAACCAGCGUUAACAAAGAAAUUGCAAGAUACAGAAGAAAACUCCUGGUAAAUGAGUUUUCAAGAGAAAGGAGGUCCUCUUCGGGAAGUUCUGAUUCAAAGGAGUCCACUGUAACAGUAGAACUUGAGACGGAUGAGGUGGUUUUGAUGAGAAGACAAAAACAGAUAAACUACGGAAAGAACACAAUUGCAUAUGACAGAUACAUUAAAGAAGUUCCUAGAUGCCAUCGUAUACCAGGAGUUCAUCCCAGAACUCCAAAUAAAUUUAAGAAGUAUAGCCGUAGGUCAUGGGACCAACAAAUAAAGCUAUGGAAAGUUGCAUUGCAUUCCUGGGAUCCACCUACUGAAGAAGGAGGCGAUCUGCAAGAAAUUAGUCCUGUUGACCUCGGUGAGAUGGAGACAGAAUCCGUAGGAAGCAAUUCUACAGAAUCUCAAGCGAGCUGUCAAGAUAAUUAUGAUACCUGUUCUGGCACUCCCACCAAAGUUAGACACAUUGACUAUCAAGCAGAAGGUGAAUUUGACUUGGAAGCAUGUUUGAGCGAGCCACUGAAAGAUUUCAAUACUGUGAGUUAAAUAGUCUUGUGCAAGUUGUUUUAGAGGAAGUUUGUUCUAAAUUUGAGAGGUUAGACUGAUUCAUAAAUAUUGGGUGUUUUCUACCUGUCAAUAGUAAGAAAUCUUAAGCAAAGUUAAAAACAAAGUUCUUGGAGCUGUGGUUGUUCUACCUAUUGUCUGGACAAAACUUACGUUGAAUUUUAACAGUGUGACUUCUUUUUAAUUUUUAAUUUAUGUAUAUCAGAUUUUUUUAUGUACAUAUUUUUUUUUUUUACAAAACUUUAACAGCUGAAGGCAGUGCUAUCCUCAAGUAAUUCUAAACAGCUGGGCAAGAUCUUGCCAUUUUAUUUUCCCCCCCGUUGUCCUUAAUUCCAGUGUUUCACCUGCAGAUCAAGAGCAGAGAAAUAUUUUUCAUCGUAUGAAUGUCAUUUUGCUUUUCCAUCUGCCUGGAAGUAAUGCAGGUGUUAGGUGAAGCAUACUGCUGGUUAGCAGGACUAUACUUGUCUGGUGCAGUUACUUCAGUUUUAGCUGCCUUAGCUUUUGAAAACAAAGAAAAAAGCCAACAAACCACAGGUUCUUUUUAUUUACAAAAAUGUUUUUGAAACGAUGGGAAAGAAAGUGCUUAAUAUGGGAUGUCAAUAUGGAAAGAGCCAGGCAGCAGUAAUAUUACUUUAAAAAACUGUAACCCGAAUUUGCAAUUUGUAAAUAGUAAUGAGUUACUUGUUAAUACGGACAAGGGAAUAAAAUGUCUAGGGAAAAUACUUGAUUCUUUUUAAUUUGCUGUUUUUAAAUGUAAAACUUGUAAAUGAUGACACUGUACAGACUUUCUGCUGAAUGCAGUUAAUGUUUCUACUGCUUUUGUAUGGGAUGUUGCUGGAAAAUAAAUUGAUAUGCAUUUA